AUGUCCCGUUGGCAUAAAGAAACCUGUUCUAAGCCAAGAGUUGUUAUUGCUGGCAACACCCCACGCUGUGAGGCAUGUGAUAGUGUACCCGACAUACAGAGGUAUAUUGCUCAGCAAAACGCCAUUCCUGCCUUUACCCAACCUCCACCUGACCCUCCUUUGGGACAGUUAAACCUCCGUUGGCCGAGUUCGGUUAAAUACAAGCAGCAAACUACGAGCAUCGUACAGCUUGGCGGGGACCCAUUAUCAAACAAGCCCAAGAUAGAUGCCUUCGAACCGGGAGAUAACAAGAAGGUCACCCAGUCCCCCAUCUAUUCCUCCAGAUUGGGCCAAGAAGAGUUUAGACUACUCUUUUUAAGUCCCUCUACUGAUCCUGACACCCCUAUACACGCCGAACUAGUGGUACAUCAGGAUGGCCGAUCUCCGCAGUACGAGUCAACAUCCUACACGUGGGCUGGUGAGGAUGACGAUAGCUCCAAGUGCAGACCAUUGUACAUCGGACGCUAUUGGGAUAUUGUUCUACAGACCCGGAACUGCUGGUCAAUGCUGCAAUCAUUACGGCUCCCAAUAGGAACGCGUGCUGUUUGGGUUGACGCUAUCUGCAUUAAUCAGAAUGACAUUAAGGAAAGGGAUUCACAAGUCAUGAAAAUGUCACAAAGGUAUAAGAACUGUUAUCGGGUCGUAGUUUACCUCGGCCCAGACAUGGCAACAUCCAUUCAAGGAAGUUAUCCAGCUCAGAAGGAAUUGACCCUGAGCAAUUCUGAACAAUCCAUGGGAAUAUCGCGGGACUCUUUCCGCAAGCUCCUUUGCAGGCGGUACUUCAGCCGCAUUUGGGUUGUUCAAGAGCUCGUUUUGGCCAGAAGAGUGGCAUUUCAGAUCGGAGAUUCGGAAUAUUGGAUGGAUUCCAAUACGAUGAGAUCCCUGGAAGCCCAUACCAACUGGGAUUGGAACUCAACUACCGCCCCAUGGCUGCAGAAUGUUGGCCUAGAGAGAUUGCAAGAGACAAAUAUCCUUCAUAUCCUUCGAGCAACACACAUGUGCCAGUGCGCUGAUCCCCGCGAUAGAGUCUUUGGUAUCCUUUCCCUGCUUAGCAAUAACUCUUCCGACUCGAUACUGCGUGCAGACUAUUCCCUAUCAUUUAGGGAGAUGGUGAUCGGGCUCUUUUCGCAUACACUUCUCGAGCUGAGGGACUUGGGUGUUUUGCGUUUUGCCGCUGGUUUGCGCAAUUAUUUUAAAUUCCCCUCGUGGAUGCCCAACCUUGAACUUUUCGCUUCUGAUGUUUCUACCCGAGAUGUAUUGGAUGAAUUAGCAGUCCUUCUCAAGGACCGAGAGAUGAAGCCUGAAAAUGAACUGCAAUUGGCAAGCUGCCAUGGUAUUGUUGGUGACGGUGAAGUGGAUCACAGAGGGACGCCGUGGUAUCUUGACACUACUGUUGACUCAUCGACGGGUACAUUAUCCAUCAACCUCAUACAUUUGUUGGAGUUUCAAAACUGUGCUCGAAAGAUGGGAGAUGUUGAAAUUAUGAAGGGUUGGCAUCUAUUCACUAUUCCAGGUCGCCACUCGAAUUUGGUGUUGUCCUCAAAUCUACCGCUCGAUGAGUUGAUUGUCCCCACCCGAGAUCAUCUUUUCUGCUUGAAUGACGGCAACGGUUCCCCUAUUUUCCUACUAAUGUCCCUUGAGAUUGACCACAACACUUAUAAGGUCAUGGGGAUUUGCCGACAUGUGGCGUUCCAAGACCAAAAAUUGGAUCUCCGCGAAAAUAUACAACAAUGGAACGCUUCCGAGACCCGUUAUACGUCUGGGGAUAAUGGGAAUCUUCAUUUCUCAGAAGGCAAGUCGGAGGACCAGAACUUACAUCUGAGGAGCCUACAGUAUACUCUACAUAAUCAACUUGAGGCUAUCAGUACCGACGAUACAUCAACCAAUAUAUGGACAGAUAACCCGUCGAGACUCAGCUCAUUAAAAGCAAGGCUAGGGUUUGGCCGCGGCUCAAAUUACACGUUCAAGCCCAUUCUGAUGAAUUUAAUAAAUGAGCAUGUUGAAUGCGGGCUUUUGGCUUGUUUGAGUCUUGGUAUUCCUACAUCGUUCAGGCCCCAGGUCGAGGUUGGUAAAUACAUUGUGGUAACUGUCACAAAGAAUCUUUUUGAAAAGCUCGAUCUAAUAUGGUGGAAAAGUAUUGCUAAUAACUGGCGAUUUGUUGGGCAGGCUUGUUUUGAAUCAAGUCCAGACAAGGAUUGCAGUUGUUGGAAAGCGUUUGACAAUACAGGUCUAGUUCGACAUAAAGAACAACUUCAGAAUAUGAAACGCAACUCUGCCCUAGUGGAUCUGCUGUCUAAAAUUUCAUCCCGAGAAGAAGUCAGAAGAGGAAGUAGUAGUGUUUCAGAUCACUGCAUGCUUUGGCAGGACUAUACGGACCCCCCUCUCAUGUGGCCACAUGCAGCCUUGCUGGGAGGCUUGGCGGUGCAGAUACGAAUUCCAAGGGAGGCUAUGGAAUGCCGGAUAAAGCAGACGAUGGCUUGGAAGACACUACACAGACUGAAUCGUGUAUCUCCUAUCUCUAACCCAGAUGAUCUGGAUGCAGUGUUGGGUAAUCCAAACCCAAAUCCCGAUUUCCGUUCAAUUGCCGUUCCUGGAUGGCCCACUGAGUUAGUGGACGAUUUCAACAUUGAUGGCAGUGUACAACGAGUUUGUAUUCAAUAG